AUGGAGAACUCAAAGAGCAGGAUGAGUAUGAGGCAGGCAGCCAUCGUGGCGGCAGGGUUGGGCGCUUCACUAGGAGCAGACGGGCAGAUUAUAGAUAAAAUAACUCCCAAGAAAUUAAUAGAAUGGACUAGCCCAGGGCAUAUGGAAGAAAGGCAUAUGAACUUGCACUUGCCGCGCUUUGCAGUGGAGGCUAGUUGUGACCUGGAGGCCGUCCUGACAGCCAUGGGGAUGGAGGAUGCCUUCAGCGAGCAGAAAGCUGACUACAACCCGGGAAUGUCCUCAUGCUCCGGGUUGCAUGCCCACAAGUUCCUGCACAGGCCCUUCUUGGUGGUAACCGAGGAAGGUUCGGAGGCUGCAGCUGCCACCAGUGUGGGCUUAGCUGUCACAUCUGCGCCAGAUUAUGAAAAUUUUCACUGCAAUCACCCUUUCCUGUUCCUCAUCAGGCACAAUGAAUCCAACAGUGUCCUCUUCUUUGGCCGAUUUUCUUCUCCUUAG